ACUCCGACAAAUUGUAAAUAUUUGGAAGUCUGCUGGUUUCAGUAAUUACUUAAUUUCUGAGAGAAGUAUAGUGGAAAAGUUUAAAUCUCUAUACAGCAAAUACAAAACUUUGUGCAACAGUAAAACCUUUUAAAUCAAAAAGUAAAUUUCCGAACGCCACAAAAAUGACUUUUACAAUAUGGUAGAGCAAUUGUUUGACAUCAGUGCAAAGGACUUUGAGAUGAAGUUGAGACGCGAUGAAUCAAUGCCUCGUGAUACUUCUGCUUUACAAGAGGAUUUGGCCUUCUUAGAUGAUCAAAGAACUAACAGAAAUAUGAUCAUAUCUUCUAAAAUUGACACAGAGCUUGAAGCAAGGUUUCAGAGAAAGAUUGAUAGAUGCAAGAGGAAAGAAGAAUAUAAAGAUCGAGUACAGAAGAGCAACGAUUCGAUAAUUCGUGACAACGAAGAAAAAAUUGGGAAAAAAGGCAAUGGAAUCUCCUAACAAUGAUUUAAAUCUCAAUUUCUCAAGUGAGGAACCUACAGAACCUAAAAAAAUAGGCUGAAUCGCAAUUAGUUAAUAUUUAAGUAUAAUUUGUUUAACACAUAAAAAUAUUUGUUUCAACUUAUGGUUAAAUAAAGAGAGAAUAUAAACAAUUUUUUCUAAUAAU